GCUCCUGGUGAUCUGGGCACUUUCUCCUUCAUGUCCCUGACCUGGCAGGACCCGCUUUAGGACACGGAUCCCAAAGGAGCAAGAGGUACCAGGAAGCGCCGCUGAUCUGCACAGAGCCCUUUGCCUGCUGCUGCCCCACAGGGAACAGGGAGCUGCUGAGGAGCCACAUGGUCCAUCCCUGGAUUCUCCAAGCACUGACUGCCCAUCCACUCUGACCACAGCCAGGGGCCACAUCCCACUGCCUGCCCAGCGUCCAUCCAUGGAGGAGCCGCUUUAGGACACGGAUCCCAAAGGAGCAAGAGGUACCAGGAAGCGCCGCUGAUCUGCACAGAGCCCUUUGCCUGCUGCUGCCCCACAGGGAACAGGGAGCUGCUGAGGAGCCGCAUGGUCCAUCCCUGGAUUCUCCAAGCACUGACUGCCCAUCCACUCUGACCACAGCCAGGGGCCACAUCCCACUGCCUGCCCAGCGUCCAUCCAUGGAGGUGAGCACCGUGUCCCCUCUUUUCACCUCACCGACUGACACACCUGCUCAGUGUGAGAUCAGUGUCUCCAGUGUGGCCAUGCACUUUGUGACGCUGCUCAUUGGCCUCUGUGGCCUGGCUGGGAACGGGGCUUUCCUCUGGCUCCUCCAAAUUAAUGCCAUCACUGACUUUGUAGCAUUCAACCAGGCCAGCAUCGACUUCCUCUUCCUCAUCUUCAUGGUCCCCUCCACCCUGCUCUUUCUGCUGGAGGAGGUUUCCUGCUCUGCUAUAAUGCCCCAAGUGUAUUUGAGCUUGCUUUCCCAGCUGUCACUGUUCACCUACACCAUGGGGCUCUUCCAGCUGAUGUUCAUCAGCAUCGAGAGGUGCAGGUCCAUCCUCUGCCUGUUUUUCUGUGUUGGACAAGUUUCCGAGCACCUGUUGUGGGUGAUAAUGAGUGCCCUGUUCUGGGCCUUGUUCUUUGUUGUGACCGCUGUCAAUCCCACGGUGACUUCCCUGUGCCAGUCACACGAGCAGGAGCAAUGCCAGGUGGCUCUCACAUCCAUGUACGCCCUCAACCUCUUCCUAUUUGCUGUACCCAUGCUCAUUUCCAGCACAAUCCUCUUCAUUCAUCUCAAGCCUGGCUCCCAGCAGCAGCCACCCAAGAGGCUCGACAUUGUUAUUGUCCUCGUUGCGCUCUUCAGUCUGCCCCUCAGUCUCUGGUUUCUCCUGCAGCAGCUUGGUUACACGGCUGUGCCCUCCCAGGUGGUUUUCCUGCUCACCUGCAUCACCAGCAGCAUCAAACCCUUCAUCUGCUUCUUGGUGGGGAGCUGGAAGAGAGACUGCUCCAUGGGGAGCUGCUGGAGACACUGCUCCAUGGAGAGCUGCAGGAAGCACUCCUCCAUGCAGUCCCUAAGGGAGGCGAUCCACAGGGUGUUUGAGGAGCCAGAAGAAAACACUGCCUAUAGAGAUGAUCCCUCUGUGGACACAGUUAUCUGAGUCUGUUGAUCCCUUCCACUGCACUGCUGAAGGACCCUGGGACAGUGGCUGAGGGAUUCCUUGAGUCACCUGAUAAAGAAAUACCCACAGGAUCAGCCUCCCUGUGCUGGUGCAUCCCCAGCCCCUUUCCAGGCCGCUCUGGGCUCUGAUCCGUGCUUGUGAGGCCUCAGCCUUGAGGAGCAGCCCCUGGGCUCAGCUCCUGUGGCGCUGAUCACAAACACCCUCUGCUCCCAGCAACUGCUGCUGUCCAACCACCUCCUGGGCUUUUAUCAACAGCCUUGGAAAUUAUUGUACUGCCCUGGAUGCCAGAGCAUCCCUGCUCUCCCACUGUCCCAGGAAGCUGCCGGCCCCAGGUGUGGCCAGGGUGAACCAUUGCUGUGAGGGACGCCCAUGCCUUGGGGCCCUGUGAGCAGCGGCCCAAAAGGAGACCCUUGGAGCUCUGCUGGGCCCAGCAGCGCUGAGCAGAAGCUCCCUGGCACUGGGGCCUCUCCCAGCUGGGAUCUCUCCCGGCUGCUGCCCUCGGCUGAUCCCCGAACGCCCACGGCUCCUGGGCCCAUCCCCCAGGGCUCCAGGCCCAGCCCUUGGCACAGGGAGGAGAUGCAAAGGGAUCCGCAGGGAGCAUUUCACUGCCUGCCAGGGCAAUUUCUCACAGGGACCUUGCACUGACUCUGGCUGCCUGUCUGUCUGUCUGUCUGUGUGCACACACGUCUGCAUCUGCUCUGGCAAAUGUGGCAGAGAUGCUGCUCUCCCAGCUGUGUUAGUGCCUGAGACAUCUGAGUGGGGCAGGCCUGCAAGCAAGGUUAAGGCAUGAGAUACCCUUCCAGCUAAAUGCUGGAAAGGGUUAUUUCUUUGCUAAAUUGUUAUUUUUAAUGUACAAAAGCAAGAAUGUUUGGGGGAAGCAGAGACACUGCUCAUGGUCCUGGUUGGAGCAGUGCAGGAGCGGGGCUGUUGUACGGGGAAAAGACAGACCCAGGGAGUGUCUGGAAGUUCUCAGAGGGAUCUGGAAGAGUUCAGGAAGGCUCUGGAUGCCAGCAAUCCCAAAUCUCCCCACUCGAGGAGAGCAGAGCCUGCCGGGCAGCACCUGCAGUGGAGGAGUGGCUUCGUCUCAGAAAGCUGUGGAAUAUGAUAGGAUGGGUGAUGAUGGAGGUGGGAUUGGGAUAGGAUAGAAAGCCGCUCAGCUGGGCUUCCUUUGGCCCUGAGAAUGAUUUGGCAAUGAUCAUGGAGCAGUUCCCAGAAUGGGGGUUGUUUCUGACAAGCAGCCAGGUGCUUCAGCAGCACUGCCAGCAGCAUUCCAGUGCCACCAGCAUCACCGGCUUUGCUCUGCUGCUGGAGGGACAAUGAUCCCCCAGAAAAGAGAAAGGAGGAAUGGCAGAAACUUUUCACGUGAGGGAAUGCAGUUGAAGAAUGGGACACUCUACAGGGAAGGAGCGUUUCUAAUUAUGGGAAAAUGAGGAGCUAUUCAAAAUGUUAUAAACAGGUGCUGUAGUGAUUGACUCUCAGAAACGUUGAAUGAACAUUAUAACGUGUGUUAUAAUGUUCAAAGAAGCUCUGUUAAGAUUUGGAGUUUUUCUAACGUGAAUAUUGUGUUCAUGUUGAAAGUUGUAAUGCUGAUCUCUGACCAUGGUGGGCAGUCCAAGCCCGAAGCGCUGCACAAGCUCCGGGAAGGCGGGACGGAGGAGGAGCUGUGUUGGAAAAGCAGAAUGGGUCUGAAUGUGGGGGUUGGAUUACCAAGAGUCUGUAAAUCCUGUUACUGUUUUGGGCAGUGUGCCUCUGGCCGUGCCUCUGGACUUUACUUUGUCCCUUGUUGCAGUUUAAUAAAUUUUCAAAAUUUUAAGAACGGACGCAUCGUUUCUCACAACAAAGAAAAAAAAUCACUCGAUUUUUAGGGGAAAAAAAUCAAGAUCAAUAACUCCUGGGGUGUGGAAAUCUAACGGAAACAAAUUGGUAAAACCAUUUCCGAGUCCCCUGUGACUGCACCGAGCCUUGGGAAACAACAGCAGAAUUGGGAACAGAGAGGAGCCAGCAGGAAUGGGAAUGGGGAGCUCCUGGUGACCUGGGCACUUUCUCCUUCAUGUCCCUGACCUGGCAGGAGCCGCUUUAGGACACGGAUCCCAAAGGAGCAAGAGGUACCAGGAAGCGCCGCUGAUCUGCACAGAGCCCUUUGCCUGCUGCUGCCCCACAGGGAACAG